GGUAAUGUUAUAUGAAAACUUGAGAGCCCUGGAGCGUUUGAUUUAAAGGUUUUAAACGUAGCCAGACUGAUCCGAGUGAGGGACUAAAUUCGAGUUUAGCGCUCUUUGUUUGGAUAUCUGGAAGAUGCCAAGUUCCAUAAAAAAUAUUUCGAUUAUUUACGAUGCAGUUAAUAAGGAAAACACGUUCACCGCUGGAGAUUUCAUAUCAGGACGUCUCAUUUUGGAAGUGGGCAAAGAAACAAAGAUCGAUUAUCUCUUGAUUAAAGCCAAAGGGAAAGCGUGGGCGUUGUGGACUGAACACUACGGCCAAGUAACGGUGACACACUACGAUAAAGAGAAAUUUUUCACACUGGAGAACUACGUCAUUCAAGAACAGAAGGGUGAAGGACAAGAAUACCAAACACUGUUGACCGGAAGCGGAGAGACAUGCUCAUGUGUUGUGGUACCUGGAAUCCAUGAGUACCCUUUCACUUUUCAGAUUCCGCAAAAAAACAUGCCGUCAUCAUUUAAGGGUUCUUCUGGCAAAAUUGUCUACACUCUGGAGGCAAAGUUGAGCAGAUCAAUGCGAGCACCAAGCAAAGCCAAGGCAAAAUUCACCUUUCUUUCAUUGGCUGGACCGGUUCACCCGAACAUUCCUCAGCUGAUGGAACCCCAAAUUGGUAAGAAGAAAGAGAAGAUGAAAGUCUUCACAUCUGGAAAUGUCACUAUGAACAUCAGAACCGAAAGGAUGGGAUACCUGCAAGGUGAAGGGUUAAAGGUCAUCGCGGAAAUCGAGAACAACUCCUCGCGCAGCAUCGUGCCCAAGUUCUGCCUGUACCAGAAGCAGAGCUUCUUUGCCCAAGGGAGAAGGGUCCACACACAUAACAUCUUAAAGGAAGCUGGAGAGCCAGUGUCUGUGUCCACACGUCAGACAGUCACCAAAGUGCUGACCAUCCCUCAUGAUGUGUCUCCCACUAUCCUAAACUGCAAGGUUGUGCAUGUGGAGUACAGACUAAAGGUCUACCUGAACAUUCCACUUUCUAAAGACCCAGAGAUUAAACUACCUGUGGUGAUACUUCCUGCCGAUUUCACGUUUGGAAAGAUGGUGCAGACGUGGCCCCCAUCAUAGAGACCUGCUCACAGAUAAGCCUGUUUCUUCCAGCAAAAGCAUGGUUGAGCUUGACAAGAAACCUAUUUUCCCAGUAGCAUCUUUGACAAGUACACAAGGUGGUUCUCAGACACACAGAAAACCUGAAGUACCAAGCCUUAUAUAAAAUGAUCAAAAUAUAGACAUUAUAAUUCUAUAUCAAACGUAGACAUAAAAAUGCAUACAUAUAUAUAAAACAUAUAUAUAAAACCAUAGAAGAUGGUUUAUGCUAUAAUCCUGUAAAUCAUUGUGUAAUGGUUGUUUAUGGACCUCUUUAUGUAGUCCUCUUUGCUGGCUAUUUUCUCGCCAUUUUUGUAGAAUAUAUCAGAAAUAAUAAUACAAAAGGCAUUAUAAUUAUAUUUCUAUAUUUCAAGAACAUUUUUAUUUGAAUGCCGAUCCCAGAACUAUAACUAUUUUGAUAUCCCUGGUAUACAAUCCAGCUAUGACCUGCUACCAGCUGUUUCAAAACCUAGCUUGAGCUGGCCAAACAGUGUUGAGUAUGGAGCUGGUCUGAGCUGGUCCAACCAGCUACCAGCUACCAGCUGUUUCAAAACCUAGCUCCAGCUUUUUUUGCUUCAGGGAUUCUUUCCAGAAUUUGAAAACCAAUUGUACAAAUGUUUGUCACA